GAUCGGAUUAAUAUACAUUGGUUGCGUAUAUUUUCGAGUGUUUUACUAUUAAUUGGUGAUAAAACAUAUGUUAUGUAUCUCUAUCUGUUGUAACAAUGGAAUCAUUAUGUCAAAAUAUGUUUUUGUUGCAGCAGGACAUCAGUUCCUCUCCUUGUGCACCAGCUCCACGUGCUGCUCACAGCUGUGACGCUGUAGGUCGUGUUCUUGUGAUAUUCGGUGGUUGGAGUGGCAAUAAUCCUUUAUCGGAUGCUUAUGCAUUCCAUACUCUUAAGCGUCGUUGGAUUCGUUUGAACUUGUGCGUGGAGGAGUCUUCUGUCACUGCUCCUGGUUCUAAGAAGAAGACUACUUUUAAUUUGUCAUCGCUUGUUCGUAACAACCAUGCUUCUGCUGUAUACGGUGGUGAAUUGUUUAUCCACGGUGGGCACAGCGGUUCUUCUUGGUUAAUGGAUAUGUUUGCAAUUGACGUUUCUAGAUUGAACGAUGUUUUUGACAAUUACAACCCGGAGGUGCCUGUUGAUGCACAAGUUCGUUAUGUUUCUUGUGCCGGCAGGGUUCCCAGUAAGCGUGCUUGUCAUACUUUUACUCGUGUAGAUGAUAAGUUUUACAGUUUCGGUGGUUAUGACGGUACUAUGUGUUUUAACGAUCUUGACUGCUUUGACCCUGCCACUGCUACGUGGACUCGUUUGAGCAAGCCCAAUGGUAAGAAGCCUCAGCCUCGCAAUGCUCAUGUGAUGGUAACUGAUGGCAAGCUUUUAUACAUGAAUGGUGGUCACUCUGGUCCUACUCACUAUGAUGACAUAUAUACUUACAACAUUGCUACUCACACUUGGACUCGUGUUGAUUUUUCUGGUGAUGUGACUCCUUUGGCUGUUCGUGGUCAUUCUGCUUGUUACUUCAAUCACGAGAUAUAUAUCUUUGGUGGUUUCAAUGGUGAGCAGGUGUUUAACACAUUGUAUGUAUUUAACCCACGCACUUGUGCAUGGCGUCGUCAGCCCAUGGUAUCCGAGGGAGCUCCUUUAUCUCGCCGUCAGCGCAGUUGCAUGGUCCCAUUGGAGAACAGUGUAUAUAUAUUUGGUGGUUUUAAUGGUCGUGAGUGGCUGAAUGACACUCAUAUGUUGGAAUACCGUUCUGAGUGCACUCGUUCUUUUGACCCUAUGCUAUCAUCAUUGGCGCAGAACAUCAGUAAGUAUUUGGACAACCCUAAGUAUUCCGACGUUUCUAUAUCGGUUUCGGGUAAGGACAUUCCCGCACAUAAGGUGAUUCUGAGUGCCAACUCUAAGUAUUUUGACGAUAUUUUAAGUCAAGAGGACCCUCCUGAGGUGAUUGAGUUAUGCGGCUGGUCAUUGGAUGCCGUUAUGAAGAUGGUUGAGUUUAUGUAUUCUGCUAGAAUUCGUGACUUUCACAGUCACACUCACUUUAAGCUUUGUGAGAUAAUGGGACUUGCAGAUGCUUGUGCCCUCGACACUUUGAAGAACAUGUGUCAGGAUGUUUUAAUUCGUAAGAUGGACGUUGACAAUGUAUGUUACAUGCUUAAGUACUCCAAGUUGUACAACGCUGACUUGAUGCGCCAGCACUGCUUUAACUUUAUUUCUGAGCAUGCUGCUGAUGUCAUGCGUACACCAGCGUUUGAGGAGCUUUCUUCUGUGCCUUCUCUCGUCAUGGAGUUGGCCAAACUCUCCGUGAAGAGCUGAAGGUAUCACAUCGCAUGGUAUUUUCGGAGUGUCAUGUAUUAGAAC